AGGACCUCAGAGCAGUAAAGGCUCACGCAAGAGAAAGGUGAAGAAGAUGAAGAAGCUGGUGGUGUUUUUGCUGUGCCUGGUCCUGCUGGCCAUCUACACAGAUGCCAACCCUAUCAUCAAGGAGAGCUUUGCUAAGCAGCUGCUCCGCAGUAAGAGGCAGGAGCGGCCCAUGAAGCCCGGCCACCCUGAUGAGCCAAUGAGGGAGCACCUGCUCCACAUGCAGGCUCUGGAUCAGAGGGCCCAGGAGAUUAACAUGGAGAACUGGCUGAACCCUCACUGCUACCCCCGCUGUGACAGGAACUACGGAUACCCCGUUUGAUCUUGGACCAGAAGUGAUGACAUGGACUCAAGAAUGAAAAUUCUGGAGAAAUGAAACCAUGAAAGAUUCUCUCUCUCUCUCUCUCUCUCUGUUUCUGUGUUAUAUCUGAGUAGUUGACUGUUAUCAGUAGUUCCUACAUUUAUUUUCUCAGUUGUGUAUCAUUGAGCAUCACAGACUAAAAUGUAUUAAUCGGGAAUACAACCACAAAUAAAUCAAAAAGCAUGCGUCUAUACUGACCAAUA